UAACAAUAAAGCUGUGCUAACUUUCUUGGAACGCCCUUUUGCUUUUCGUUUGCCUAAUGGUUGAACACGUAUUUUAUCGCUAACUUGAUAGAAGUUAAAUAAAAUUGCUAAUCUAACAGAAUGUUUACACGAAUAUACUAAUAAUGAUACAAUAAGCCAACAGAAUUGUUGCCACACGAGAAAACUAUUGAAUGUAUUGCUGGCUAGGCAUUCUUGUCGAUGACAUAUAUUCAAUGGUGUUCUGGCGUGGUAACAAUUCUGUUGGCUUGUUGUACCAUUAUUAGUAUAUUCGUGUAAACAUUCUGUUGGAUUAGCAAUUUUAUUUAACUUCUAUCAUGUUAGCGAUAAAAUACGUAUUCAACCAUUAGGCAAACGAAAAGCAAAAGGGCGUUCCAAGAAAGUUAGCACAGCUUUAUUGUUCAUUUGAUUAAAAUUUCAAUGAAUAUGUUUGUGUUGUACAUUAUACUUUUAUUGAGAAAUAAAAAUGUGAGAUGCAUGCUGGAAAAUUUGAUGAUCAUUUGUAUCCAAAGAUGUUUGAUGAUCAAAAGUACAUUUACUCUUUACUAAAAGAAGAAGAAAAUAAACCUAUAAUUUUCUAUUACAAUUAGUCUAAAAUAACUGAACAAAACGAAGAAUAUCAUACAAUAGCAAUUAGACAGACAACCGUUGAACAAACAUUAAAACAGAUUGAAAAUCAGUUUCAAACAUUUGAUCAACAAUUGAGUACAUACGAUGGUUUUAAUAGUUUAGAAAAUCGUGUACGACAAUUACAACAUGAUUUAAUAUCAGCAGUUAGUACUGAUGAUCAAUUGAACAAACGUAUGCUAACAUUAGUAACUGGUAAUAAUGAAGAAUCAUUACACAAUCGUGGUCAAUAUUGUCCCAUUAAAAACAACUUUACAAAUAGUGAUGUUUUACAACAAACAAGUCAAACAUUAAAUAAUUCGUGUUCUGUAAGAAUGCAAACAUAUUCAAAUGAAAAAUCCAAAACAGCCGUUUAUCUUCAACACAUAUCAACUACAUUUGACGAACAUCUUAGUCGGCUUAAAGAAUUGAUUACAAAAUUAGAUAGUAUAGUUUUAAACGUAUUACAUAGUGAACUAUCUACAGUAGUAAAAAAUUCAUUAUUAGAUAAACUAAAUAUAAUUAAACAAUUACAAAAUGAUUGUAUGGAUUGUCGACAAAAAUUGGAUAAUAUUAUUUCAAAACUAAAUGAGAAUAAAAUUGAUGAUGUUCCCACAUUGAUGAUUAUUCAUGAAAGUCAAAAAAAAUGUAACAUUUUACAUGGAAAUCUUCACGUAGAUUUAGAAGGACAAAAUAUUCCUCUGAACAUUUAUCGACUAUUUUCAUUAUUUUUAGAAUUUGAUUACAUCAUGUGA